AUGGCCAGUUCUGGCGAAGGCCCUAACAAGGGCAUUAAUGGAUCAGUGGGAGAGUUGAUUUGGGUCCGCCAGAGAAACGGGUUGUGGUGGCCGGGCAAGAUUCUCGACCCGGAUGUGCUGCCUGAGGGCUCUGUGCCUUCACUAAGAUCAGGGACUCCUGUCAAGCUUCUUGGUAAAGAGGGUUCGAGUGUGGGCUGGUAUAAUCUUGGGAAAUCAAAAAGGGUGAAAGCAUUUCAUUAUGAGGACCAUGAUAAAUGCAUCAAGAAAUUGAAGUCAUUCAAAUAUGCUAAAAAAGACGAAGAUAUUCUUCACAUGCUGGAGCUUGAGCUCGAAGGUGCUCGUCUUGACAAAAACCAUGCUGACCAUGCAUCGCCUUCAGCAUCUUAUCCGAGUGAAGAAAGUGAAAAUUCUGACGAGAAUUUGAGUAGUUUGGGAGAUGAUUCAGGUUCGGGCAGCAAGGAUGAAUCAAGAGGUAUGAAUGACCUGGAAGAAAAUGUGUCGAGACGUACAAGAGGGCUCAGGGACUUGGGAAUGAAAGCGCCAUUGUUGCGCAAGAGAAAAAUGUCCAAAAUUGUUAAUAAUCAAGAUAUCUUGAGAAAGAAAAACAAGAGACGUACUUUGUCGAAAGCUUUGUGUAGUACUGGAAUGUUGUAUGUUCAUGAUAACAAAAAAAUGACAAGCUCAAAUGGAGAUUCUUUGUUGGAAACUAAAGAAUCAAAUGAAAAAAACUCUGAUAGCAAUGAAUUUUCGUGUGAUGAUGCCCUGAAAAGCAAGCGGAAGGGAAGUGGAAUUUCUAGCAAGACUCGUGAGACCAGAUCUAGCAGUUUGUUUGAUGUGCCUUUCGUUACUGAAGAAAAGGGCUCGGCAGGUAUGAUUUAUGAUAUGCAUUCAUGCAAACAAUUUUACUAUGUGCCUGUUCAUAGUUUCAAAACGAGGUUGUUAUGA